AUGAAUGGAGCGAAUCUCGCCGUGGUUUCAAGACCGGGCAGAGGUGCUUUUGCUCCAGACGCUGCCGCGAAAGUUGCACUCGACCCUUGGGAUCACUUUACUGCCAACGGCGGGACCCACAACGCCAGCAGCCUGCGGUACGGAGACGUCAUCGUCAGGGCGGUCGCUCAAGUCCUGACGCUGAGCGAGGCGAGGUGUCAUCCUGGGCUCCGCGAGCGUCAAGAUCGCUUUCUUCUGUCGCACUUGAACCGACAUGACACCAACAUUGUCAACUUGCGGACCACGAUCUGCCUGCAGUGUGCCUCCGAGAAGCCGGCACCGGGAUCAGCGUCGACAGCCCCAGGGCUGGACAAGCGGGAUGCCGUCGCCAUCAUCAAGAUCCCCUAG